AUGACUCUAACUACUAAUACUUUGCCAGGUGGUGUUAUUUUAGUCUUCAUUCUAGUCGGUCUAGCUUGUAUCGCUAUUAUUUUAACCAUCAUAUACAGAAAAUGGCAAGAAAGACAAAGAGGUCUACAAAGAUUCUAA